GAAGGAGAUGAGAGAUUUGGUGCAAAAUCUCCUGAAGGAGUAAACUCAACGUUCCAGCCUGUGUUCAGAUCUGGAAGCUGGUCUGAUAAAGGACCGAAGCAAUCUAUGGAAGAUGAAUUCAUUUGUGUGGAUGAUCUCACUGAGCAUAUUGGUUCAUCCACUGGAGCUUUCUAUGGGGUGUUUGAUGGACAUGGAGGUGUUGAUGCUGCAUCAUUCACAAAGGAUAACAUUAUGAAGCUUGUAAUGGAAGACAAACAUUUCCCAACCAGCACUAAGAAGGCAACAAGGAGUGCUUUUGUCAAGACUGAUCAUGCUUUAGCUGAUGCUUCUUGUCUCGAUAGAUCAUCUGGCACAACUGCACUCACUGCUCUCAUCUUGGACAAGACCAUGUUGAUUGCGAAUGCUGGUGACUCCAGAGCGGUGUUGGGGAAACGUGGCAGAGCCAUUGAGCUGUCAAAAGAUCACAAGCCGAACUGUACUUCUGAGCGGCUACGUAUUGAGAAGCUUGGUGGUGUUAUCUAUGAUGGUUAUCUUAACGGGCAGCUCUCUGUGGCUCGAGCUUUAGGAGAUUGGCACAUUAAGGGAGCUAAAGGUUCACUAUGUCCUCUUAGCUGUGAGCCUGAGCUGGAGGAGAUUGUGCUGACUGAGGAGGAUGAGUUUCUUAUAAUGGGAUGUGAUGGACUCUGGGAUGUGAUGAGCAGCCAGUGUGCUGUGACAAUGCGGAUUGAGAUCCCUAAGUCGCAUAAGAGGAGGAGCAUCUCUGCGGAGGGGUUGGAUCUCCUCAAAGGCGUUUUGAACGAGUUGUGAAGGAAACUGAGCAAGUUAAGAGAAAAGGUAAGAGAGUUGCUUUUAUUCUUUUUUUGUUUCCUCUUUUGAUAGGAAAGUCAGAGAUAAGAGAGGUUGUGUGCUUUUUUUUUUCUCUGGUUUUCCCAAGUUUUGAUUGAUUCCAUUAUUCUUUUUGUAAGGAAUUUGACCCAUUUUUUAUACUGUAGAUCUUACCAUAUUUAAAUGA